AUGACAGUAGCUCUAUGGCAAAAUGGGUUGACCCCCGAAGUCCGUAAACUUAAGCGGGGAUACACUCCCGUGAAGUCACUCAAGGAGGCCAUUGAUCGAUCGCGUCGUCUUGAGGAGUCGGAACCCGUCACAACUGACUGUUUCGGCAACUCACUCCGUAUCGUCUACCACCACUCGUCCCGCGGCUGUGCAUCCUAAGCAGACGAUGACUUUCAGGAAGUCACCCACCCCACGUCCGCCGACAAAACAACGUGGAACGCCCGCAGCUCGUGGCCGAGGUUCGGGUAGAGGUGGUGGUCAGCGUCGUCCGUCGUUCGAUCCGUGCGCCCACCCCUCCUGUCGGUCGCACAAGACUUACCCGAUCGAGCGCUGCUGGGUGCGGAUCGCGGAGAAAGUAGAUCGUCAGGGUCGUUCCGCGUCGAAGCGGUCCCGUAAACAUCGUCGGCGAAAGCAGAAGGACGAUUCGUCGGACUCCGAAUAGGGGUGCCCAGGUGUUGUGCCCGCAAUACUUGGGAACAAAUCUGCUGUUGCCGUAGAAAUUAGCAGUAAGGGCGUGAAAGAUCUUGGCCGUUUUUCGUCACUUGCGCGUUCGUCUAUGUCAUCUAGUGCUCCGAGUGAUAGAUCGUGUUCGAAGGGUACAAAGCAACAUGUCAAUAAGGCACAUGCGUCCCCUGUCGUAGAACAACCACAUUGAAGCGUUCACUUAACGCAGCCGAUUUAGAAGUGGUUGAUAGAGAGUCCCCUAUGGCAUCGCGUGACCGUAAGAGGGCCAAGAAAACAAGGGCUGACAGGAUUGUUGCCGUACCGCAAAAUUCAUCGCAGCGCAAGAAGAGGAAGAGGAAGUCGGAUGGAAUUAAACAACGUGUUUCGUGAAACAGCUCAGCGCUGGCGCGAAAAAAAACGUCUGUCUCUGU